GGAGAGCUGUCAGAUCUUGUGGUUGGUAUUGGUAAAGAUUUUAUUGUUUAUCCUUGUAACAGUAUACCCUAAAAGGAGAAGGAUUAUCCAUAUUUGGAAGUAUAUGCUAAAAAUUGGAACAGCUACCAUCUGUCCAAAGUAGAUUGCGAAAGGAAACUCAUUCUUGAAAAUACAACGUAAGUAAAAGUGUGUAGUUUUGAUGACUCAGCUGGACACAGCGCUCUAGCUAAUAUAAUACUCGUCUUUUAUCAAAUUCCGAUAAUAAACAAACCAGUGACUCAUAAAAGACGUUGACACACCUUUAUAUUCUACUUUGAACUUCUGUAUUCGAUCAGUUUCUUUUGAAUAAUAUUUCUAUAUAUCAGAGAUGUCUGCGAGAAAAUCUGUAAGCCGCCGUGGCACCACCAAGAAAAGGGCUCAGAGAGCCACUUCAAAUGUUUUCGCUAUGUUUGAUCAGGCUCAAAUCGCAGAAUUCAAAGAAGCUUUCAACAUGAUUGACCAGAACCAUGAUGGUUUCAUUGACAAAGAGGACCUUCAUGAUAUGCUUGCUUCAUUGGGUAAAAAUCCUACUGAUGAUUAUUUAGAUGGUAUGAUGAACGAAGCCCCAGGUCCAAUCAAUUUCACAAUGUUCCUUACACUUUUCGGUGAACGCCUGCAGGGUACCGACCCAGAAGAUGUGAUCAAGAAUGCAUUUGGCUGCUUUGAUGAAGAUAACACUGGUGUUGUCAAUGAAGAAAGAUUAAGGGAGCUCCUAACCUCAAUGGGGGACCGUUUUACUGAUGAUGAAGUUGAUGAGAUGUACAGGGAGGCACCAAUAAAAGGUAGUCUCUUUGACUAUGUUGAAUUCACUCGUAUCUUAAAACAUGGUGCCAAGGAGAAAGAUGAACAAUAGAUUUUCAGUAUUUUUAAGAAGCAUUUGAUUUUUCAAAAAAUGUAUCUUUUCUGAAAUAUCCUAGUUAUGUAUAUAGGGUUAAUUAAUAUAUAAAUUAUAAUUGGAUUUUUAUACAACAGAAACUUCAUAUAAUUUUUGUCUGGAAUAUAAAAUAUAUGCUUUUUAUUGA